AAAUAUAAUCCCCAAAUGUACCAUGUUUCCACACACUCACACAACAUAUUGUGUCUGAAGUUAUUACAGCAUCAAGAAAACACCCUAUAAUCAUCCGAGCUGCCUUCAUCAUUAAAUUAAAUCCAUGGACGAAUCACCGUCACCGCCACCAUCAUCAUCACCAUCCCCGUCUCACGAGGUCGAUCUCCCCGGAUUCCGCUUCCACCCCACCGAGGAGGAGCUUCUCAACUUCUACCUCCGGAGAAUGCUCUCUGGCAACAAACUCCACGGCGACAUCAUCGGCUUCCUCAACAUCUACAAGCAUCAUCCUAGAGAAUUGCCAGGAGUGGCAAGAAUGAAUGGAGAGAGAGAAUGGUACUUUUUCGUGCCUCGGGAAAGGAAGCACGGCAGCGGAGGCAGGCCUAACCGGACCACAGAACACGGCUUCUGGAAGGCGACCGGCUCUGAUAGAAGAAUCCUGAGCUCGUUGGAUCCGAGGAAGGUGUCGGGAGUGAAGAAAACACUUGUUUUCUACGAGGGGAGGGCGCCAAGAGGGAGAAAGACCGAUUGGGUGAUGAAUGAGUUCCGUUUGCCAGAUGCGUGCACCUUACCACAGGAGAUAGUGUUGUGCAAGAUAUACCGGAAGGCGACGCCGUUGAAGGUGCUGGAGCAGAGAGCCACCAUGGAGGAGGAGAGCAAGACCGUCACUUCCCCAACCCCGUCAUCGGAUUUUUCCAUGUUCUCCGAUUUCGAGGAUGUGAAGUUUGAAGGGUGGAGCUGCAACACCGCCUUGAACAUGGACUGGACCCUCAACCAAGACAAUUUGUGGCCACUAGACAUUCUCACACCCAAUUUCAUGCCACUAUGUUGAAUCUAUUUCUACAAUUGUUCUAUAUAUUUAUUAAAUUAAUGCACCAAGUAUUGUUUCUA